AUUAUUUUUUUUUKYUCUAGGACAUACACAUAAGUUCCAGAAAAUAUAUUACACAGUAUGUCUGGAGAUUAUUAUUCCUUGCUGGAAGUCACUCCUAACGCUUCGAUUAACGAUAUAAAAAAAUCAUACAGGAGAUUAGCACUGAAAUGGCAUCCCGACAAAAAUCCAGAAAAUCAAGAACAAGCUAACCGAAUGUUUAAAGAAAUUUCAGAAGCCUAUGAAGUUUUAUCUGAUGAGGCAAAGCGAAAGUUGUACGAUGAACAGCGUAAAAGAAAAGUGUCCGCAUCGUCCAGACCGUUCUUCUACAACUUCUUUGAAAGCCCAUUCCAUCGUUAUUUUGAUAAAAAACGCAAGAUUUAUAACCAGUAUGGCAAAGAUGGUUUGAUAAAUGGUGGUGCUGGAAAUGGUGGACGUCGCAGAAGUAAUCAACGACAUCCAGGGCAUUACGAUCCAUUUGGCCAAGAUUUUGGACCUUGUUUCUUUGGAUUUUCAUUCAGAGACCCUGAAGAUGUAUUCAAAGAAUUUUUCAAUACCUCAGAUGUUACAGAUCUUCUAUUUCCUGGUCAAAGAUUCAAUAAUGGACAUCAGGAAAUAUCUUCAAUGAUGAAUCCAUUUGGAUUUGGUGGUUUUGGAGGUGGUUUUGGUUCUGGAUUUGAUAAUAUGUUCUCAAUGGCAAACAAUGGAUAUUCUAGUCAAACGGUUAAUGGUGGUGGUAAUAUGAAAAGAACAACAAUAUCUACCCGGUUCUCAAAUGGGAAAAAAAUUACCACCAAAAGAAUUUCCGAAAAUAACAAAGAAACAGUGGAAACGUGGGAAAACGAUAUGCUCAAAUCGAAGACUAUCAACGGUGUGGCACAAGCGAUUACGUACAGCCAUUAGCUUGAUCUCCUCUCUCUCCACCUCAUUCUCUACUAUAAAACCAUUAAUAAGCGAAUACAUAAAAUUAUGUGUUUAUAUAUAUAAMUGGAA